AGUAACACUGCUGGAUCAAAGGGUAUGCACAGUUUGAUAACUUUUUGAGUAUUAAACUUGCACAUUUCCCAUGAACUACUCUUCUAUUCCACCCCAUCACAGCUUCAGACAGAAAUGCUUUUAUAUUCUAGCUCUUGCUAUCACCCACCAAUGUUUUGCUUUAAUAUUUAUGGACUCAGAAGUUCUGAUCACAAUCUAUGGUCAUUCUGCCUUCUAAAUGGUCUUUGUUCUCCCCGUGACCUUCAUUCCCUCAAUUUCUUAGUCUUUUCUAGUCCAUCACCCAUUGUUCCCCUGUCAAAUCUCAGCCUUGGACUAUUCCCACUGUCCUGUUUGCUUCUACAAACAUCAUGCCUGAAUGAAGGCACAGAAAAUCAUGAAAAUAUUCUGACUGGUUCUGCUCCACAUUUGUUACAUAAUCUAAUGGGGCUCCCCCUUUUGCAAGGCACUUCUUUUAUAUGUCUGUAAAUAACUUACUAUUCUACCUUCCAUACCAACUUUUCCAAUAUUUUCAUCCCUUCUCAAACUUUGCACAACUCACUCAGCUAAGAAUCUUGCCUCAUAUUUCGCUAAAAAAAAUUGAGCCAUUCAUCAAGAGUUCCCAAUUUUCUCCUGUUCUUUCUUGUCACUGAAAUGUCUUCUGCUACUUUGUCCUUCAUCCCAUCUUAAAUCCCUCUACAUGAAUGGGCGACUUCAUUCCAUCCUGUCUUUUCCAGCAGAACUGUCCCUCCCCAUCAUCUGUACUCUUACUUAUUUUCAAUUUGGUCUGCUGCCUACUUCUGUAUUGUGUGCAAAUUUUCAUGUCUCUCCAAGCCUUUAAAAAAACCUCACUUGAUCCAUUGGUUCCCAGUUUUUAUCAUCUUCUCUCCUCCUUUAUUACGUUAGAAGGCCAACUAAAGGAGGUUCUUCCAUUUCCUUUCUUUUUAACUCUCUUGCAGUCUGGCUUCUCUUCAAAGUUACUUCUGUGGGUUGUGUAUUUAAUCUUUUUCACCUCUCUACUUACUCAGCACCAAAUUGUUUUAUGAUUGUGACUGUAGUUUGACCUUGUUUCAUUGGUAUUGCACAGACUGUCACUUUGACUGCCAAUUCCGGUGGCCUUUUCUCACUUCAACCUACUUGACCCCACUGCAGAUCCUGCUAUGAGUCACCUCUUCUUGGUAUCUUCUCUCUAGGUUUUUAGGAGAGUCCCCUGAUUCUCUUCUAUGUGGUCCUCUUUUUUUCUCUUGUAUUCUUUGCUAUAUCUUCAUUCAGGUAAAUCAGGCUUCCUCAGUACACUGUUCUAGGCACUCUUAUCUCUGUACAAUAUUUACUGUCAUCAGCUCCCCUGGAUUCAGUUAUCAUCUUGGUGCUGAAAAUUCUCAGCUCUACUUAUGGAGUCCAACCUCUCCUCAGACUUCCAUUCUCGAAUCUCCACCUGCCCAUGAUACCUUUGAACUUGCUGUCCAGCAAACACCUUAUAUUGUACAUCUUCAGACUGAACAGUUAUCUUUUCCCCAAAACUUUCUCUUUUUUCUACCAGCCCUAUUACUGGUGAGGGUACAACUAUCUUCCAAGUCCUCCAGGUUCACAAACUAGGUGUUAUCCUUUUUUCUUUGAUCCGUCAGAUCCAAUCUGUUUGUAAGACCCGUCAGUUUUACCUUUGAAACGUCUUUUGUGUGUGCUUCCUUUCUUCUGGCCUUGCCACCAUUCUGGGGCAGGCCAUUCAUUAUUAAUUUCCUCAAGCCUCAACUAUUGCAAUAACUUGUUCUGCCUGCCUCAAAAUUUUCCUGACUUUAGUCCAUACUUCACUCAGCUCCCACUGGAGUCUUCUAAAGCAUGGAUCCCAGUGUGUCAUGCCUUCUACUUGAUAAAUUCCAGUGGCUCUCUGUCACCUCCAGAAUCAAAUAUAAAAUUGUUUUGUUUUCAAAAGUCCUUCAUAACUUGACCCCCAACCCUUUCAGUGACACAAGACACUUCAUCUCCAAACUUGGUAUUUUUCCUGUCUGAUCUCCAUGUCUGGAAUCUUCUUCCUUUUUUCUUCUCUGGCUUCUGGCUUUAUAGGGGCUGUUUAUGACUACAAUGAAGGAAAUUAAUAAAUUGACAAGACAAAAGAUAAACUUGUGAUGAGGAAUGUAAUUAUCUAUUUGCUUAUCUGCUAGAAACUAAAAGCUUUUUUUAGUUUAUGAUGUGCCUUAUUUCUAAUUCUCUCAUUCCUUCUUGUUUCCUAUCUUUCCAAAUCCUUAGUUUCUUUCCAAACUCAGCUCAAAUCUUUCAACUUCCCUAGAAGACCUUUUCUAAUACACUCAGUUAGCAUUUUCCCUCUCCCAAAUUGUUUUAUAUUUUAUAGAUGUAUGUCUCCUCUGAUAGACUAAGCUCCUUGGUAAUAGAGACUGAAUUUUCCUUUGUUUUCCCAGUGCCUAACACAGUAACUGGGAUGGUUGUUUUCUUGGUAACGCGUCAGUAUAUAAAAUGAGUAAUAAAAGAAUCUUGAGAUAUUUAAACUCAAGGACCCAAAUAGAGCUACCUGUCACUAAGUUUAGAAGCAAGAUUGACAAUUAGAAUAUCACAAUGGAAGGGUAUAUUUUGUUCAAAAAUAAUAUUAUAUAGUGGGCCUGGGAGACAAUAUAUCAAAAAGAUCUGUACCUUCAUAUACUUCAAUUUAAGUGGGAUCUGGGAUCAUGGUGGAGAGAACAUUUGGGCAGGGAUAAAAGGAAGGUGAUAAUAGACAUAUCAUUGGGAGAGAUAGGACUGCCAUUGACUAUGGUGAAGGCAGUAGAUAAAUGUUUCACACAAGUAAUAAAACCGAUACAGUCGAUAUUAGUUUGUGAAGGGGGAACUGUAGUUAUUUAUCUGCUGGAAGCCUCUUACUACUAAAAGGGCAUUUGACAUAUUCCUGACUUUUCUCAUUUCUAUUUUUUUUCUUUCAGAAGAUAGAAGGAGAGAUGAGGGGUCGAGGAUUGCUUCAGAUCAUCAUGGGCUAAGAUCAUGGAUUUUCCUGGACACUUUGAACAAAUCUUUCAACAGCUAAACUACCAACGACUACAUGGCCAACUUUGUGAUUGUGUCAUUGUGGUGGGGAAUAGACAUUUUAAAGCACAUCGUUCUGUGUUGGCAGCAUGUAGCACCCAUUUCCGAGCCCUUUUUACUGUAGCUGAGGGAGAUCAAACCAUGAACAUGAUCCAACUGGAUAGUGAGGUGGUAACAGCAGAAGCUUUUGCUGCUUUGAUUGAUAUGAUGUAUACCUCUACACUUAUGCUUGGGGAGAGUAAUGUUAUGGAUGUUUUGUUGGCAGCUUCUCAUCUGCAUUUGAACUCUGUUGUUAAGGCCUGUAAACAUUACCUAACUACAAGGACGCUGCCUAUGUCUCCCCCCAGUGAUAGAGUUCAGGAGCAAAAUGCACGAAUGCAGCGGUCUUUUAUGCUUCAGCAACUGGGACUGAGUAUAGUGAGCUCUGCGUUAAAUUCUAGCCAGAGUACAGAAGAGCAACAAACUACCAUGAACUUAUCAAUGAGGAGUAACAUAGAACAGCGUACUACAUUUCCAAUAAGGCGCUUCCAUAAGCGGAAACAGUCUUCCGAAGAUCGAGCCAGACAGCGCAUCAGGCCUUCUCUAGAUGAGUCCAUGAUUUCAGAUGCAACUCCAGAGAAUGGACAGACAGUGGUUCAUACUCGUGAGGAAUUUUUUUCACCAGAUUCUUUGAAAAUUGUGGACAAUUCUAAGUCAGAUUCAGUAACUGAUAACCAGGAAGACAAUGCUAUCAUGUUUGAUCAGUCAUUCAGUGGGCAAGAAGAUGCCCAAAUGCCCAGUCAAUCUGACAACAGUGCCGGGAACAUUUCUCAAAUGUCCAUGGCAUCUCAAGCAACUCAAGUGGAAACUAGCUUUGACCAGGAAGCUACUUCUGAGAAAAAUGGUUUUCAGUGUGAAAAUCCAGAAGUUAGCCUCAAUGAGAAAGACCACAUGAGAGUAGUGGUUAAAUCUGAACCUUUGAGCUCUCCUGAGCCUCAGGAUGAAGUGAGUGAUGUAACCUCUCAAGCAGAAGGCAGUGAAUCUGUAGAAGUGGAAGGUGGGGUGGUUAGUGCUGAAAAGAUAGAGCUGAGUCCAGAAAGUAGUGAUCGUAGUUUUUCAGAUCCACAAUCCAGCACUGACAGAGUAGGGGACAUUCAUAUUUUGGAGGUUUCCAACAAUCUGGAACACAAGUCCACUUUCAGUAUUUCAAAUUUUCUAAACAAGAGCAGAAAUAGCACCUUUAGUGCCAAUCAGAACAAUGAUGACAACAUUCCAAACACUACCAGUGACUGCAGAAUAGAUAAUGACACAUCUUAUUUAAUAAGUCCAGAGUCAGGACCUACAGGUGGUCAUUCCUCUGCAACUGUCUCUCAUGUGGAGAAUCCUUUCAGCGAACCUGCAGACUCACAUUUUGUUAGACCUAUGCAAGAAGUAAUGGGUCUUCCCUGUGUGCAGACUUCUGGUUAUCGAGCAGCGGAACAAUUUGGGAUGGAUUUUCCCAGAACUGGUUUGGGAAUACAUUCUCUCUCCAGGGCAAUGAUGGGUUCAUCUCGAGGGGGAGCCAGUAAUUUUCCAGGUUACCGUCGUAUAGCUCCAAAAAUGCCAGUUGUGACCUCUGUUAGGAGUUCUCAAAUACAAGAUAACUCAGCUAAUUCCCAGUUGUUAAUGAAUGGGCCUACUUCCUCCUUUGAAAAUGGGCAUCCUUCCCAGCCUGGUCCCCCUCAAUUGACCAGAGCAUCAGCUGAUGUUCUAUCAAAGUGUAAAAAGGCCUUAUCAGAGCACAAUGUCUUAGUUGUAGAGGGAGCUCGAAAAUAUGCCUGCAAAAUCUGCUGUAAGACAUUUUUGACCUUAACAGACUGUAAGAAGCACAUUCGUGUACAUACAGGUGAGAAGCCCUAUGCCUGCUUAAAGUGUGGCAAAAGGUUCAGCCAGUCAAGCCACCUGUAUAAACAUUCCAAGACUACUUGCCUUAGGUGGCAGAGCAGCAAUCUACCUAGCACUUUGCUCUAAUCCUGUUCUUCCCUCUAAUCAAAACGAAGUCAAUACCAAUUUCAAAAGAAUUUUUAACAGAACUAUUGGCAGAUAUUUAACACUAUUUUGUUUUAGAUUUCAGGCUGAACAGUGGCUCUUAAAAGUUGGGGAACUUCUGUAAUUAGACAUAGGCACUUGUGCUAAUAGGUCUUUGAGAAAAAUUCGGAACUUGGAAGAAAAGGGAUGCAAUCCCUGAAACCCAAGUUUUUUCCUUUAGGAUUGAGUUAACAGGGAGAAAGUAUUUAGUACCUUUUGAUCCUAAAAGUGGCACGUUUUAAGAAGAAAAAACUAAAGUGCAAAUUUUUUAAAAGCAGUUUUUGUAAAAUUGUGUGAAACAUUUAAAUAAAAUACCUGUACAUUUAAGUUUGGUAUAUUAUAUGUCUGAACAAUGAUGCAAAGAGCUCUUAACUGUUACUAAUGGCGACUGUGUAUCUGUAUGGGGGGGUGGGGAGCCCUUCAGGAUAUCUCUGUCUGCCACAAAAUGCUUUAAAGUAUAUUAUAAAAAUAGUUUUAGGGGUUCAGAAUGUACUGUAUUUUUUAUUUUAGGUUGUCGCAGUAAUAGACACUGCGCUAUGAUGGUGCUGAAAUUGAGUCCAUAGUAAGCAUUCUUUUGGACUAUUAGAUGUAUAUACUUAUACAGCAAGAUCAUUUGGAUGUUUGAACAAUUUUUCUUGUUUUACAACAAAAUUGUAUAUGCAGUAUGUACUUGUAUUGAGUGAUAAGUGAAGUACUGUUUCUGUAUGUGCUGUUAGCAGUAUUUUAACCAACUUGUUAUUUCAGAUGUUAAAAUUCCAUAUAUAUAUGUAUAUAGUAUAUAUAUAUGGGAGUUUAAAAAGAAUUAGUCUUUGUCUACUUCAUUCUAAUAACUUGUAAUUAUGUUUUGUGGAACUUUCUUUUUUAUCAGAAGAUGACCUUUUUCAGAUGUUAACAAUCUAAUCCUAACUAUUGUUUAAGAAGCCUCUCCCUGUUUUGUUUUAUUUUUUUCCUUUCAGGCUUUGAAUAUCCAUAUGUGAACCUUUCCAAACGUGAUAUUAUUUCUUUUAUGUUCAAAAGUCAAUUUUAUAUUUGUGGUAAGGGAUAUGUAAUUUGAGAAAAGAGCUACAAUGUUUAUUUCAUUUCCCUUCAAAACCUCCCCAUCUCCAAAGGGCCAAGAAAAUGUUUAAAAAAGAUGUUUCUAGUUUAGGUACAACUUUGCUUUAUUAUAAUUCACUAUUUACCAAAACUUUUGUUUUAGAAUUUGAGAUUUACCAAACUCUAAAGAAAGGUUAGGCAUCUUAUAGCGCGUAGUAUGUGACAGUGGCAUUUUGUCAUUCACCAGUCUCACCACAAGCACUGAUUACUUUUCUCUUUUGUUCUUACUUGCCUGCCUGCCUUCAUUUCUCUUUGGUUUGCUUUGUUCUGUGCCUGUGCCUCAGGGCUGUCAUUUCUAGCCCUGGAAAUAGCUCAACCCUUAGUGAUAAUCAUUCAGAGCCAAAAAACACCACUUCCUAGAGGAUCACAGUGAUCUUACUUUAGGGUUUCUUUAUUUUAUUUUUUAGAGGUAUUUAUUUCUGUAGUACUCUAUUAGGCAAUGUAUAGACAAGUGAGUUCAGCGGACCAGGUUUUUUGGAUAAGUUAAAUUGAGUAUAAUUUGGGCAAACACUUCAAAAUCAUUGUGUUCAGAAUAGAAUGAAUUAACUUAAACACUAACAUAAGAGUUGAUCUAAAUCUAAUGUGUGUAAUAAAUUUCUGGGCAGUUUAAUGCUCCUGAAGAUAUCCUGGUUCUGGAUAUUGACCUCUCUUAAAUAAGAGCUUUGAUUCCCAUGAAGUAAAGGCAAAAAUAAAACCUAUUUACGUUAAAUUUGCAACACUUGUUAGACUGAGAAGGAUAAGCUUCCAUACAGAGAAGAAUGUGAACAUUUCUUUCUGUGAAUGACUAUUAAAAAUGUAGCUGAUUAGGUCUGCACUUAGUUUUUGACUUGACUUUCUUCUUUAAGUAGGAUUAAAACUUAAUAAAACAUUUCCAAAGAUGGUAGACACACUAUGCCAUAUCAUCAGGGUAAUUAUUCUGUUUUAUCUUUUGAGGAGGACAGGGAUUCUAUCAGAGAUCCUUUUUUUUUUUUUUUUUUUUACAAAUCCCAAACAUUUGAGAAGCAGGGUUUCAUGUGUGUAUCCUUACUUUAACAUAUAUGCUGUAUAAGGAUUAAAAGUCUCUUAUCUUAAUGAGCAUUUUUGGAACUAUUAGAAAUGUUAGAGGGCUUUCCAUUUGAAUUUUUUUGAUGGCAUAAAGAAAUUAUUCUGAUUGGUUGCCCUUAAUUAUAAGUUAGCAUAAAGAAGCAAAAUAUUACAUCUUUAUCGAAUCCUAAAUACAUGAUGUUUAUCGAAUCCUAGAUACAUGAUUUUACGCCCAGUGAUAAACUGGUCAAAGUACAGUAUUUUCAAAUAAAACUAGCUUGUUAUAUUUAGGCAGCAUGGCACAAUGGAUGGAGUGCUGGUCUUGGUGUCAAGACGACUUGGAUUUGAAUCCCAUCUCUGAUACUUAUCAGUUGUGUGAUCAUGGGCAUCACUUUUCUUGGCAACUCCCUAAGGUUUAUUUACAAAGUUAGAAAGAAAGGUAUUCUGAUUUGGUAAAGGGAAUUCCUAACCCAAAAGAAGACCUUUAGAUGAAUUGUAACAUUUUUUAUUUUCUGAAAAGUUUUGAAUUUUGUAGCCAAAACAAAAAUAUUUUGGUCUUAGUUUUUUUUUUUUUUUUAACUAAACUUGCCUCAUAAUAUUAACUAAGCUAGCUCUAAACGGUUUCAAAUCAGUAGCAUUAACAUUUUUUUUAGUAGUUUUACUCAACAAUUUCUGUUUUAGACCCUGACUCCUUGUUUAUUUAGGAGGUUUAUGCCCAAAUUUCUUAAUUUUCAGAGAUCCUUCCUGCUGAGUCACAUGCUUUAUUUUAUUGUCUUUUAAUUGAUUACAACCUGGCUUCAGGGUUUGGAAAAAUCCAUUUGCCAAUUUGGCUUUAUGAUGGAGGAGUGAAAUGUGGACCCUGAAUGCUUGUAAGAUUCUCAGAAACUUAAGUUUUCUACUGAUUGGCCAAACUAGAUAAUUAUUGAACAGUGGUAUGCCAUGGAAUGGCUAUAGAAGGGAACUGGGUUCUUCGGAGGAGAAAAUUCAAUGACAAAUUUGAAUAAUGGGAGAAAAGAUUGGACAGAAAGAACCAAGACACUGUGUUUAAGCUUUGGUGCUGUUACUAAUUUUAAAAUAAAUUUUUCAAACAA